AUGAUUUCUGAAGAUGAUGCAAAGCCGGCGUCUCGACGCUACCGAUCCGAGACGUAUUAUGUAGGGAAACGAGCCGAGAUCCAGAGAAGAAUUUCGGGGAGACAACGGAGGAUGAGUGAGAGGAAUGAUGAAUUGAAUAUUGAGGUUCCAUCAGCUUCCACAUCAUCAUGUUCCUCGAAUCUUUCCCAUUCACCGAUUCCUGAAAACCCUUCACCACACCGAUUGAGACAUCUCUCAACCGGAGCUUUGCAUCAUGGAAAAGGAUCACAGUCGACAUUAGAAGAGGUGAAAGAGGAGCGACGAAGCAGUGUCGCCUGUACAGCCGACGCCAUCAAGAAGACGCCACAGAAGCAAGUUCACCGCCAACAAACCGCUGUCGCGUCGACGAAAAAAGUCGACAAAAAGAGGGCCUUCAAUCCAUCAUAUCAAGUAUCAGGAAGUAAAACAACUUUGAGCGGUCCUGCAAUCACACCCCGACUUCGGUACACCAUCGAGAAGUCGGCGCAAAAGAAACGAACCGAUGUUGAAACUUGCACCAUUUUA